AUGCCGCACUCGCACCACUCGCACAGCGGUCAGUUCUGCUCGCAUGCCAAGGACUCGCUCGAGCACGUCCUGGAGCGCGCACAAGCGCUCGGCUUCACGCACUUCCACCUCAGCGAGCACGUCCCACGUCAGAACCCAUCGGAGCUCUAUCCGGAAGAGCUCGAGGCUGCGAUCACGCCCGACCACCUACGCGACACCUUCCACAGCUAUCUUUCCGAGGCACGUAGGCUACAGGGCGCAUACAGCUCUCGCGGCUUGAACGUGCUCGUCGGCUGCGAGACCGAAAACAUCACCAGUCCAGGCACGCUCGACUACCUCACCCACACCCUCGGUAGCGAUGCGAACACUCCGCCCGAGAAAGUUGGUAAAGGAACCGUCGACUACAUCGUAGGAUCGCUGCAUCACAGCCACGCCAUCCCCAUCGACUUUGACCGCGAAACAUUCGACCGCUCGGUCGAGAGCUUUGCCUCGACCGCCGCGCACGGCGACAAGAAGCAGGCGCAUCUCGAGCUCGUACACACAUAUCUGGACGAUCAGCUCGAGGUGCUGAAGCGACUCCGGCCCGAGGUUGUAGGCCACUUUGACCUCUUCCGCCUCUUUGAGCCGCUACUCAAGCUCGAAGAGCCGCAGUUGUGGGCCAAGGUAGAACGCAAUGUGCGCUUCGCCGUGGCAUACGGCGCACUGUUCGAAUGCAACGCAGCAGCCUUCCGCAAGGGUUGGUCCUCAGCCUACCCAGCCCCAGACGUUCUGCGGCUCAUCAUCAAGCUAGGCGGUAGGCUGUGUCUCUCGGACGAUUCGCAUGGCGUGCAUGCUGUCGGACUCAACUACACCCGCCUCAGACACUAUCUCGUCGACCAAGGCGUAGACACAUUAUGGUACCUCGAAAAGGACUCCGAAGAAACAGCACCAACGCAGAACGGUCCACCGACACGCUUCGCCCGUGGCACCGUCGCGAAAUCUAUGGGGCCCGAAUGGCAAUCCCACCCGUUCUGGUCGCACUUCACCGCCACGCUCGAGCGCGAAUCUCAGCCAUAG